AGCCUGAACCAGGACAAAACACGCCGAGACCGACAGACACAAAGCCAGGGGGUCCACGCUGGCGCUGGAGGCGAGCCUGGUCAGCCGCGAGCGAGCCCGGGGCGCUGCGGGGCACGGGGCGCGGGGCCGCUAGCGGGCGCGGGACGGGCGCGGCGCCCCGGCGCGGGCAGUGCCCUCGAACCGGGGCGGGGCACCUCGGCUGCUCGGGCCGCGGCGGCGGGGACCAUGCCGGGGAAAGUCUCCUGAGCCCGGCGACCUCGCUCCUCCCCGCUGCCCUCUGCGCGGCCCUCCCCAUGUGCAGCCGGCCGGCCGGGCUCUCCUCCUCGCGGCGGAUGGGUGACCUUUUCCUGGCACGGGCAGGCUGUGCGAGGCGGCGGAGCCGGCGAUGAAGAAGAAGCAGCAGCAUCCCGGCGGCGGCGCGGAUCCCUGGCCCCAUGGGGCCCCUCUGGGGGGUGCGCCUCCGGGCCCGGGCAGCUGGAAGCGCCGGGUGCCCCUGCUGCCUUUCCUGCGCUUCUCCCUCCGGGACUACGGUUUCUGCAUGGCCACCCUGCUGGUCUUCUGCCUGGGCUCCCUCUUCUAUCAGCUCAGCGGGGGACCCCCUCGCUUCCUGCUUGACCUGCGGCAGUAUUUGGGAAAUUCCACAUACUUAGAUGACCACGGGCCACCUCCUAGUAAGGUGCUACCCUUCCCGAGCCAGGUGGUAUACAACAGAGUAGGCAAGUGUGGGAGCCGCACUGUGGUCUUGCUUCUGAGAAUCUUGUCAGAGAAGCACGGAUUUAAUUUGGUCACAUCAGACAUUCACAACAAAACCAGGCUUACUAAAAAUGAACAAAUGGAACUGAUUAAAAAUAUAAGUACUGCCGAACAGCCCUAUUUAUUCACCCGACAUGUUCAUUUCCUCAACUUUUCAAGGUUUGGAGGAGACCAGCCUGUCUACAUCAACAUCAUUAGAGACCCCGUCAACCGGUUUCUAUCUAACUAUUUUUUCCGUCGCUUUGGAGACUGGAGAGGGGAACAGAAUCACAUGAUCCGCACACCCAGCAUGCGGCAAGAGGAGCGCUAUCUGGAUAUCAAUGAGUGUAUCCUUGAAAACUAUCCUGAGUGCUCCAACCCCCGGUUAUUUUACAUCAUUCCGUAUUUUUGUGGACAGCAUCCCAGAUGCAGGGAGCCUGGUGAGUGGGCCCUUGAAAGAGCAAAGCUGAACGUGAAUGAAAACUUCCUGCUGGUGGGGAUUCUUGAAGAGUUGGAAGAUGUGCUGCUUUUACUGGAAAGAUUUUUACCUCAUUACUUCAAGGGCGUGCUCAGUAUCUACAAAGACCCAGAACAUAGGAAACUCGGAAACAUGACUGUCACAGUGAAGAAGACUGUCCCGUCUCCCGAGGCCGUGCAGAUCCUCUAUCAGCGCAUGAGAUACGAGUAUGAAUUCUACCACUACGUCAGCGAGCAGUUCCACCGGCUAAAGCGCAAGUUUGGACUGAAGUCUCCCAUGGGCAAGGCCCCCCCGAGGCCGCACUUCUUUAUCCCAACACCACUGGAAACCGAGGAGCCAAUCGAUGAUGAGGAACAAGAUGAUGAAAAGUGGCUGGAAGAUAUUUAUAAGAGGUGAUGCCAGCGCUGUGUGGCCUCCAUGGCUCUUAUCUCCCGUUUCCAGAAAAUUCUUUGUUUGGGGAAGAAAAAUCCUUAAGGGACUAAAUUAAUGCUUGGGUGCAUUAAAAGAGCAAAACAUUCCCACAUGUUGGGGGUCAUUGGGAGACGCCCGAUUUUGCGGGUUUUAAUUUUAUUCUGUGUUUUUUGCUUGGCUCCUUGGGUCUUUCCCAGGUAUAUCACAAGGCAUCUCAUCAUAAAACAGCUUCCCCCCCUUCUCGGGUAUGAUGAGAGAAAAGAGAGAAAUAUAGUCCAUAGCCCAAUAACUUAUCAUUUAUAAAAUGCUUACAAAAAUAUUACCUCAGUGGUAGGCGACACCCAGACUUGUAUAUUUGGGUAGAAAUACAAAACCACUCCAGAGACCAGGGAAUCUACUCUGGAAGGGUCUAAGAGGAGAAGGUAAGGCAGGUUAGAACACCGAAGGGAUGAUGUCCCUGGUUAAGUGGUUUCUGCCCACGUGGGUGGAAUUCUGCCUCUGGUCCAUCUCAGGGGACACUGUCACCAAGAGUAGCGUACUUAUCUCUGAAAGAGCAAGUUGGCUUGUGCCACGUCACCUACCAGUCCAGACCCAGAGUUACCUUUCAAGGUCAAAGUGCAUGGCAGACUCCACUGAGACCCUGCACUUCCAAGCUCCAUGCUGGGAGAUAUCAAAGUAGCAAAGCAGGGAAAGGAAUUCAUUUGCUGUGUAAAGAAGGAUGUAGGUAAGACGGAUGAAAUCUGAAGGUCAUGUGGUCAGGAAUCAUGCUUAUUUCCUUUGCAUCAAUAUGAAACAUCCUUCUCCCUAACAUUGAUUUAAAUGGAAAUCCCAGGAACCAAUUUAGUCUAGCGUUCGACUCUUGUGGCAAAAGUUCAAAGCCUGACCAUAGACUAUGCAUAAUUCAUCAGACACAUCCCUGGCCAGCUUUGGCAGCUUAGAACCUGGUAGGGUGUGCUAUAAUACCUUCUUGUCCCCUGAGAGAUACUCUGCUUUUAGGAAAAAACGGUCCUGAGUUCUAUGCAGGGAGCAGAACUAGAGACCCAUUUCUUACAGAACAUGCUCACUCCAGAGAAUCCUCACAAGGGAUGUCAUAACCCAAGAAGCAUCUCUUCUGGCUAAGAGAUGCUUAGCCAGCUUUGUGAGUAGGUGGCUUCCAUGUAUGACCUGAGCAAUUCCAUUCCGCUGGAAUGAGUGGAAGGAAGUAUCUCCACCUCCCACCCCACCGGCCCCCUGCCACCUAUCAAUAAGCUUUGGUCCAGUCAUUAGAAAUGCCUUCCUAUGAAUUCUGAGAUGUUUUCUCCUGAAAAUGCACAUUCUGGGAAGCCGGGUGCUGUGGCGUUGGAUACUUGUGACAGAUUUUGUCUAGUUCAUAUUUUCCCCUAGAGCCAACCCUUCAAGAGCACCAGCAAAGCAUGAGCCAGAAAUGCUUAAAAUAAGACCCCGGCUUUACAAGCUACACAUUUUCUACUUUUCAGAAACUAACAGGUCUCUCUAGCAUUUUUUCUUCCUUCCCUAAAAUUGGACAUUACCCAAGAUACAAAGCGAGUCAUUUGGAACCUGCCAACCAUGCUCUAAAGCUACUUUAUCCUGAGAUGUUUGUAUUAAGAAGGGUCCAGCCCACAGGAGUCCAGUGAAGGUGGAGACCCCAGAGGCAGAGUCUACCACUUGGCCACUCGGGGACCUCCUUUUUGCCUCAGAGGACUGGGGCAGGGAAGUGAUUAAGGGCAGUGUUCUUGGGGGGGGGGAAUAUCCUUUGUCCUAUCCACAGAGACCAGGGCCCUCCCAUUGGGCAUACUUUAAAAAGUAACCUGGAAAACAGCUUAUCACAGUCAAAACAAGAACAAGAACCGCUGCCUGGUACACUGUGAGUCAUUUCUGUGAAAUUAUGUAUAGAGAGUGAUGAUUCGUUUACAUGCUGUGUAAGCUCACAGUCUGAAAAUAAAGUUGAGUUGGCUGUUUUCUCUGCUGCUGUCAGAACAGGACAGUCGAUCUUUUGAAAAAACCACCCCCUUACUGCAAGUUCACCUGGGCACUUCUACUGGUAUGUUCAAAGGCAUUUGGUUUCAGCAGUGACCAUUAUAAUCUCCCAACAGAAGAUGAUGACAGACUCACUUGCAGGGCCUUAACGAUGUUUUUUCCCCAAAAACAGCCCCUAGGUCCUGAAAGUCAAGCCCUUCAUCAAUUCAUUUCACACACAUGACAACGUUUUUUUGGCUCUGGGCCCAACACAGUUUGUACUUCAUGAAAUAUAUUGUACAUUUUACAUAGUUUAAUUUAAAAAAAAUACCUUUUAAGCUAGUUGAUCUUUGACUGCCUUAUUUAUUAUAACCUUUCAGCACAUUCCAAGGUUUUAGUUACUCAGGAAGGAGUUAAUUAAAAUGAUUUUAUUUUGGUCUGAUGGAUGUUUUUUAAAAGGAAAAUUAUUAUUAUGAACCUUCAGCCUACUUUCCUUGAGUGCCGUAAAAGUGCUUGUAAAUCUUUUUUUUUUUUUUAACGAACAGAGAAAAAAGUGUUUGACAUUGAUGGAAAUUCAAAAAUAUAUAUGGAUCUGAAACAUUAGCUUAGCUAAAAUAAAAGCAAUCUGUGUUUGA